GUCCCACUAACCCUGAUUUAUAUCGUCACCAUGCUCUUAGUCGAGAAUCGCCCGUUGACAGUGGCUGACGAGGCUGGACGGACAUCAAAGGGGAUGCAUCACGAUUCGGAUCCGGAGGAGGAAGUCUCUACCUCGCGUAAUGACGCAUGAGUGAUUAACUUGAUUAUGUAUAAGUAUGUCUGGGGUGCCUAUUCAACUCUGUUCACUAUCUUCAUGGGAGCUCGAGUCUUAGCAAACACUGUUAGGUCAACAUGUAGUCUAAAUGUUUCUCACAAUGAAAAACCGUUUCGCGCGCGAACAAGGCUCAUUCGGGCUACUUCACUCGGAGACGGUAGCACAAUGGAAGAAACCUCCGAUGCUGUUCAUAUUGCCAUCCCAGGUUACCAUGCCGUCCGCCCGUCACUCCCCUCAAUCGUCACCUGUUUGCCAUCCCGUACCAGUACCUUCAGAGGACUCUGCGGACUCGGCAUAUACAAUGACGGCCCCUAUUACGACCCUACCUGUACUCAAGAUAUCAGUUACCCGCCUCCAAAUAUGGUAUUUGCUUGCAAUUUCUUUGCUUCCUUGGUCGGGAUCGAAAUUCAAAAGUUUGUAUCACUAGGGUGACUCUUGGCGUAGGUGUGCAUCGCACUCCGAUCGUUCACGUCAAUUAUUUAUAACUCGUACCUAUGAGGUAGGCGUGGCCAAGCGUUU